AUGGCGACGUUGCUAGCGCCGCAAGCGAUCAGUCAGCGCGCCCCAUCGAUCUUCUUCGAGAGUCUGUUCGACGAGCUGAGCCUGCUGAUGCGCACCGGGCCCAACGCGUCCGUCCCAAUUCCGGAGGUCGAGCGUAUCCGCGAGGAGUACGAUUUCGUGGUCAUCGGCGCCGGCUCCGGUGGUUCGGUGAUGGCCAACCGGUUGAGCGAGAUGCCCGACUGGAGCGUGCUGCUGCUCGAGGUGGGCAAGGAGGAGAAUCUUGUCUCGAACGUCCCGCUGACGGCGGGACUCACGACGGCCACGGGCUACAGCUGGGGCUACCGUUCGGAUCCGACACGGAACGCGUGCAAGGGGCUCGACCAGGGCGUCUGUUACUGGCCGAAGGGGCGCGGACUGGGCGGGACGAGCUUGAUCAACUUCCUGCUGUACGGUCGGGGUCACCGGCGGGACUACGACGAUUGGGAGCAGGCUGGCAACUACGGCUGGGGCUACCGGGACGUGAGGCGGUACUUCGAGCGGGCGGAAAACGCCAAGGGUUCGAAUCCCUCGGGCCCGCUACACAUCGAGGAGAGUUCGUUUGAGACGCCGAUGCUGUCGCGGUACCUUGACGCCGGCAAGCGGCUCGGUUACCGACGCAUCGAUCCGAACGAUCCGGUUCAGCUCGGGUUCUACAAGGCACAGGCGACCAUGGUGAACGGGGAGCGGUGCAGUGCGGCCCGGGCGUACCUGAAACCCGUCGCUGGUCGACCCAACCUGGACAUCUCGACCCGCUCGUGGGCCACGCGCAUCCUGAUCGAUCCGGUCACAAAGACCGCGUUCGGGGUGGAGUUCUCGAAGAACAAGCGAGUCCACACGGUGCGGGUACGCAAGGAGGUGAUCCUGGCGGCCGGGGCGAUCGCCUCUCCCCAGCUGCUGAUGCUGUCCGGUGUAGGACCGCGGGAGCACCUGCAGGAGCUGGGCAUCCCGGUGGUGAAGGACCUGCGCGUAGGCUACAACCUGCAGGACCAUCCGACGCUGUCGGGACUGGUGUUCACCAUCAACCAGCCGGUAAGCAUCCGCGAGCGGGACAUGCGUCGGCCGGGGCCACUGCUCAGCUACCUGUUCGCACGCCAAGGACCCUUCACAGUACCGGGCGGAGCCGAAGGGAUCGCGUUCGUGAAGACCAACAACUCGCUCGCCCCGGAUGACUAUCCCGACGUGGAGCUGGUGCUCGGGACGGGUGCGGUCAACAACGACGAAUCGGGUUCGCUACGCCACACGUUCGGCAUGACGCGCCGGUUCUACGACGAGACGUUCGGGGCGGCCCGGGGACACCACGCGUUCGGGAUCGCGCCCGUCCUGAUGCGCCCGAAGAGUCGUGGCCGGGUGUGGCUCAAGAGCCGCAAUCCGUACCGGUGGCCCCACAUGACCGGCAACUACUACGACGACCCGUACGAUCUGGCCACGAUGGUGGAGGGCAUCAAGAUGGCGGUGCGUAUCGGCGAGUCGAAGAGCUUCGCCUCGUACGGGGCGCGCCUUCUCGACACACCGUUCCUUGGCUGCGAGGAUGUUCCGUUCCGGUCGGACGAAUACUGGCGGUGCUGUCUGCGGCAGGUUGGAGCAAGCAUUCAGCAUCAAUCGGGGACGUGCAAGAUGGGCCCGGCCAGCGAUCGGGACGCCGUGGUCGAUCCGGAACUGCGGGUGCACGGCGUCAGCGGCCUACGGGUGGUCGAUGCCUCCAUCUUCCCAACUAUCCCUGCGGCGCACACGAACGGGGUUGUGAUAAUGGUCGGCGAAAAGGCCGCCGACAUGGUGAAAGACUAUUGGCAUAAUCAGAUUCGUUGA